AUGGCUACCCAAGUGCACCAGCUCUCGCUGGGCCCGCUCACUGCGCACUCUUUCAAUGCUGACCGCACCAAGGUCGCCGUGUCGCCCAAUUCAAACGUCGUUCACAUCUACGCGCAAUCUUCCACCGGAUGGACGCUCGAGCAUACGCUUGCUGAGCAUGACAAGCUGGUUACCGGAAUCGACUGGGCACCUUCGUCGAACCGCAUCGUGACGUGCUCGCAAGACCGCAACGCGUACGUGUGGCAGCUUCAGCCCGACUCGCAGACCGGUGCGCAGGUGUGGAAGCCUACGCUGGUGCUGUUGCGUCUGAAUCGUGCUGCUACGUAUGUGCGAUGGAGCCCCAAGGAGGACAAGUUCGCGGUAGCUUCCGGGGCACGCAUCAUCAGUGUCUGCUCGUUUGAGGAGGACAACGACUGGUGGGUUGCUAAGCACAUCAAGCGUCCGCUCAGGUCGACGGUGCUCUCGCUCGACUGGCACGAGAACAACGUGCUUCUCGCUGCGGGUUGUGCCGAUAUGAAGGCGAGGGUGUUUAGUGCUUACAUCAAGGGUGUGGAUGCUAAACCGCCCGCGAGCGUCUGGGGUGAGAGGCUGCCGUUUGGCACAGUUUGCGGCGAGUUUUCGACGCCUAGCGGUGGAUGGGUGCAUGGUGUCAGCUUCAGCCCUAGCGGUGAUGUGCUUGGCUUUGUCGGUCACGAUUCGAGCUUGACCGUGGUCUACCCGAGUGGACCUGAACAGCCGCCCGCUGCGGUGCACGUGAUUCGCUCGCCAACACUUCCGUACGUGACACUCACGUUUAUCAACGAGAACCAGCUGAUUGCGGCGGGACACGAUUGCCAGCCCGUGCUGUUCCAGGGCGAUGCUGAAACUGGUUGGUCGAUUGUCAAGUCGCUCGAUGCCGCGGGCGCUGCUGCGUCCAAGGGCGCUCCGCCCCCUCCGCCUCCCAAAGCUGCUGGUCUCGCCGGUCCGGGUAGGCUGAACAACGAGGCGUUCAACCGGUUCAAGUCGGCCGACAGUCGCGGUGGUGCUUCCUCGCCUGCAGUGGCUGCCGGUGCUGGUGCAAGCAUCGCAGGCGCGCUCGGCGCCGUAGCCGGUGCCAGCGUUGGCGCCGACGGCGAACUCCACACCACCCACCAGAACACCAUCACCAGCGUCCGACCCUUCUCUGGUGCCAAAAACGCCAUCGACCAUAUCUCAUCCUCCGGCGUAGACGGUAGACUGUGCAUCUUUGCUGUCGCUCACGGAACCCCGGUCGCCGGUAUCCAGAAAGGCUUGUCUAGUUUGCAGCUGUAA